AUGAUGAAAGUUGGCCUUGUCCUGCUGUUUGCUGCCUACGCCUACGGGUGUGGCACACCCUCCCACGCGCCCUUGGUGAGCCGUGUUGUGAACGGGGAAGAUGCUCGGCCCUACAGCUGGCCCUGGCAGAUCUCUCUGCAGUACCUCAGCGGCUCUGGGUACUAUCACACCUGUGGGGGCACUCUGCUCAGUCCUAACUGGGUCAUGACUGCUGGCCACUGCAUCGGACCUCGCACCUACCGUGUGGUGCUGGGCGAUUACGACCUCACCACAGGGGAGGGCUAUGAGCAGAUAAGAAGUGUGGAGAACAUCGUGGUUCACCCUCAGUGGAACGAGAACUGCCUGGCUUGUGGUAACGACAUUGCGAUGAUCAAACUGGCCUCACCUGCCAUUCUGAACGACAAGGUGCAGCCCUCCUGUGUGCCACAGAGCGGAGAGAUCGCUCCUCACAACGACCCCUGCUACAUCACUGGCUGGGGAAGACUCUACUCUGGUGGCCCCGCUGCCUCUAAGCUCCAGCAGGCUCUCCUUCCUGUGGUCGGACACGACAUCUGCAGCAGCAACGACUGGUGGGGCAGCAGUGUGAAGCUCACAAUGAUCUGUGGUGGUGGUGACAUUCGCUCUGGCUGCCAUGGAGAUUCAGGAGGCCCCCUGAACUGCAGGGGUGCUGAUGGCAAGUGGUACGUGCACGGGGUCACGAGCUUCGUCUCCUCCCUAGGAUGCAACACCAUCAAGAAGCCCACGGUGUUCACUCGCACCUCUUUCUUCACCGAGUGGAUUGCUGAUACUAUGCUGCAGUACUGA